GAAGGCAGCCAAAAAUAGAUCGGUUGAUAAAUCCGACACGAGUUCUAAAUGGAGAGCUUUAGUACAUAAGCAUAUGAAUAAACAUAAGUAUGCCUUUUGGCUCUUUACUCCACGAUUUCGACUCAUAGUAAUGAAGAAUGGCCCUGCAAAAUCAACCCCAACAUGUAAAAAGGAUUUUGAAGUUUCUGAAACUCUAACUGAAGGUAAAUCCGCCAUUUUGGGAAAAACGGGCUUCGGAUUUAAUUUAAAACAAUGGUUGCAUUUCCUCAAGUUAUGCCUAAUUGUAUUACGGGCGCCCAGUAUCCAAUAUUUUUGGCGUAGUAUGGAUGAAACUAACGAUGGCCCUGUAUGGAGAAGUAGUGGAUGCUUUUGCUCAAAACUAAUAUCAGCAUUUCGUAAACGUCCACCUACACGUAUCAGCCCAUCAUGCAAAAAGAGACUAAGUGGUCGUAAAUUUGCAGUGGAAAGGCUUCUAUUUUCCAACGAUCGAAUAUCGUCUGCAAAAUGGUGAUUUUGAAUCACCCUAACUAAGACUAAUUCAGCUUUAACUAAAUCGGAGGCGUUAAUACUACCCUUAGAAGACAAAAUUUUUAUAAAUCGUAAAAUAUAGACGGUUGUUCGUAUCAUUUUUUUCCAAGAAGAAAUUUUCUGAAUAAAUGCAUAUACAGAAUUUUCCUGCCUUUGAGUAGCAAUCAUAACCGUUAAUUUUUCUUCAGGCAUAACGUCCAAAUUAACAGAAAUUUUUCUUAUUGGCCACGAUGAAGGUUCUAAUUUUAACCACUCUGGACCCGUAACCCAAUUAGGCAUUUUCAUGAAUUGAGAUGGACUUAAUCCUCGAGAAAGUACAUCGCUAAUAUUUUGUACCCCCUCUACAUGAAACCAAUUUUCAUUUGAUACCAACGAUUGUAUUAAUGAAACUCGGUUGGCAACGAAUGUUUGCCAACGAUAGGGUGGGGAUCCAAUCCAAUUCAAAGUUACUGUCGAAUCGGAAAAUGCAAAUAAUUUUCGAACCUGAACGCGCGGUUCCAAACUGGACAUUGCAAAUUUAAACAACCUGGCCAACAAAACAGCUGCACACAACUCCAAUCUUGGAAUAGAUUCCGUUCGCAUUGGAGCAACCUUGGUUUUCGCACAAACUAGAUUAACCAAUAUUUUAUUAGUCGGCGUAACCGUCCUAAUGUAAAUCAUAGCGCCAUAAGAUUCUAAACAUGCGUCGCAAAAUCCGAUUAAUUCAACCGGUAAAUCUUUAAUCGCCCCAAAAUGACGAGGAAUUUUAAACAAUUCUAAACAUUUUAAAUCAGUUUGGAAAUUUUCCCAGAAUAAACAAAUUUCCCUAUCAGGAGCCUCGUCCCAAUCCAAUUUUAAUAUCCACAAUUUUUUUAUUAAGAGUUUUAUUAAUAGUGUUACAGGUGCUAAUAUUCCUAACGGAUCAAACAACCUAGCGACUGUCGAAAGUACAUUACGUUUAGUGCAGGGUCUAAGUUCGGCAUUAAUACUAAAAGUGAAAACAUCCGAAUGAGGGUACCACUGCAUACCCAAUAUUUUCAGACUGUCUGAAUCAAAGGAUACUAUUUUAGGAGAACGGUCCUUUUCGGGCACAAAAGAAAAUAAUUCCUGAGAAUUUGUCGCCCAUUUUGUCAAUUCAAAUUGGGCCGAUCCAGAUAACUCAAUGAGCUGCGAAUAUAAUUCCGUAGCUUCUUUGACCGUGUUGACGCUUGUGACCAAAUCGUCCAUGAAAAAAUCACGUUGAACAAUUGACGAAGCAAACGGGUAUUUGUCGGCUUCAUCUAACGCCAAUUGUUUUAACGUUCUUAAAGCUAAAAAUGGCGAACUCUUUACACCAAAACUAACGGUGUCUAACGAAUAUACUAAAAUUUCAUCGGUUUUUGAGAAGCGCCAUAAUAUUAGCUGAAAUUUUCUGUGAUCUGGAUGCAUUCCGAUUCUCAGAUACAUUUGACGAAUAUCUGCUGUGAAUGCAACCGAAAACAAACGAAAAUUUAAAAACAAACUAACUACAUCCGAUUGUAGUUUAG